AUGGAACCUCCAUGGGUGGAAGUAUAUUGGUGGAUAAUUAAUAAUUACAGGCUAGUAGAGAAAAUGCAGUCAAGAGAAGCGAUAAACACAAUGUGGGAAAAAAGAUGGAAGAGCAACGAUCUUCCUUGGGACAUGCCCCAGGGGAGUCCAUACGUAACACAAUACUUUCAAGAUAUGGUUCAAGGAACUGUAAAAGGAAAACGUGUCUUGGUUCCUUUUUGCGGUGCAACAGUUGAUAUGUUUUGGUUUUAUAAGCAAAAAGUAGCAGUUGUUGGAGUUGAAUUUUCCGAAGCAGCUUGUAAUUAUUUUUUCCAACGUUUAUCUUUGGAUUACACAAUUGACACAAAAGAUGGCUAUACGAUUUACACACACAACGAAAUGCUCAAAAUUUAUCAGUGUGACUUCUUUUACACAGAUGUUGAUAUGCUUGGAGGACUUUUCGAUUAUUGUGUGGAUAUUGGUGGUUUGGUAUCAACAGCUGCUGAGGAGCGUCAACGUUAUGUUGCACAAGUGACAAAGUUAUUGGUGCCGCAAGGGCGAGUAUUGUUGGAAUGUUUUGAAUAUGAUAUGUCUCUCCGCAAGCAACCACCAUAUAGCAUUCCAACUGAAACUUUAAAACAAUGCUUAAGUGAUGUAUAUGAAAUCAAGGAGCUUAGAAGAAACACAGAAGAUGAAUUGCCACAAAAUUGUAUAGCCCAUGUUGGAUACAAUACUGUCCAUGUUGUAUAUCAACUUAUCAGAAAAUCUGUGUGCAAAUCAAAGAAUGCAAAAUAA